GUUUCAUAUAGAAGACGAUAUAAUAGCGGAUAUUCCCCUCUUUUUAUUAGGGUUUCUUUUUUUUCUUUUUUUCACUUGGAUUUGUUCGAUUUUUGUUUGGUCUACGCCUUUCAAGUUUCCAUUUUCAUUGGAUAACGUUCUCAUUGUCUCUCCAUCUCUAUCCAUACAUUACCUGUGAACAGGUAGAUGCUAAUCUAUCGCCUAAUUUUAUAGCUUUUAUGUUGCCGAAUUUGCACUCGGGGGACAGAAUACAGAGUACAUCAAAAUCAGGGACUUCUAAAUGCUUUUAGCUGUAUAUGAUGAUUUCAUCCCACAACGGAUAUAGCAACUGGUUCUGUUUCAGCGAGUAGAAUUAUGCCAACCGGUUCUCUUUCUAAGUUGAAUAUUCCUCUUGGUUUUGGGCUUCGAAAAGGCAUUAGAUUGCAUAGUAAAAACCAGGUCCAACCAAGUAUUUGUUCGUCUUUAAAACCAGGAAAAGCCCUCAUCCCAAACUCAGAUCAAAAGUUUGGGAAUUUGAGGAAAGAUUUUCAAGUUGCAGGUGUUAUCAAGUUGCAUUCUUGUAUCUCUGUAUCCAGAUUUAACAGUAGUCAGGUUUUUGGGUACACUAAAAACCCAUAUUUUCCAAAAACCAUGGCUACCUCGGGUUCUGUAACUGCUUCAGGGGAUCUCAUUGUGGAUAAUAUCAUUUCAAGUUGUGGCAAUGUGUCAAAUUUUGCCCAACCUUCUGGUCACCUUUUUGAAAGAAAUACCCGGAGCUUUCAUACAGCUAGCAUGGGUAUGAAAAAUAGAGAACCAAGCAAAAGCCAUGGAGUUCAUGGGUAUUUUAUAUAUGGCGUUACUCACAUAACAAGCAACAUUCAUACACCUGGUGGACGAUUGCAAAGAAGAUGCAACACUUCCUCUUCAACAUGUUAUUCAGAUGGUGGAGUUUCAGAUGAGGUACUGAAAGAAUCGUCACACGAUGAAACAAUCACAAGUCUUGCUAUUGAAGCCAAUGGGAAGGGCAUGCAUGUUAGAACUCUGAAACUAUUAUCUGGAUCUUCAUACCUGCCACAUCCUGAUAAAGAAGCAACUGGUGGAGAAGAUGCUCAUUUCAUUUGUGUUGAAGAGCAAGUAAUUGGUGUAGCAGAUGGAGUUGGAGGGUGGGCAGAUGUUGGAAUAAACGCUGGAUUAUAUUCACGUUCUCUCAUGUCUAAUUCUGUGAGAGCAAUACAGGAUGAACCAAAGGAAGCCAUUGACCCUGCUAGAGUGUUGACUAAAGCUCAUUCAGCCACAAAAGCACAGGGUUCCUCUACAGCAUGCAUCAUAGCCCUCAGAGAUGAGGGUCUUCAUGCGAUUAAUCUAGGGGAUAGUGGAUUUGUUGUGAUCAGAGAUGGAUGCACAAUCUUUCACACCCCUGUACAACAGCAUGACUUCAAUUUUACUUUUCAGCUUGCGAAUGGCAAUGAAGGUGAUCAGCCAAGUUCUGGUCAAGUAUUCAAGAUUCCAGUGGCAGUGGGUGAUGUAAUUGUUGCGGGAACGGAUGGAUUGUUUGAUAAUUUAUAUAACAAUGAAGUAACGGCUCUUGUGGUUCAAGGGGUUAGGUCAAGGCUAAGUCCUGAAGCAAUGGCUAAAAAUAUAGCGGAUUUGGCACGUGUUAAAGCUUUAGACAGGAAACGACAGUCACCAUUUUCUACUGCAGCUCAGGAAGCGGGAUUCCGUUAUCAUGGUGGUAAACUUGAUGAUAUUACUGUUGUUGUCUCAUUUGUUACUGCCUCAACCUCAACUGAGGUUUGAGUUUUUUUACUUUUACUUUUUAAUUUUUGAAAUGUUACUACUUGUCAUAGGGAGCCAAGCUUAGAGAACUUAAUGAGACGUAUUGUUUAUGUUUAUCCUUCACAUUUAUGAGGCGGGUUUAUUUUGAUACUA